AUGUGGUUUGAACCUGUUCCUCCUAACUCUAACCAACCCGGCAAAGGCUUUCAACAUGUAUUCAUUGGUGAAAAGCUAAAGAAGAAGAAAGCGUACUCAGGAUUCCACAACUGGUACCAGUUUUACCUCGAACAAGGUCAAAAUAAAAUAAAAGACGUAACCGUCAAGCCCAAUUCCUACACGUAUAACACAGAAGUCAGUAUCAAUCCAAGCUUUAUAAGCCUAAAUUUCAAGUGGGAUGGGUACACAAAGAAGUUUGAUAGCAGCAUGUUCGUCGGAACCAGCCCAGCAUUUGAUUUUGCCAUAUUCAGUCUCUGCUCUAUUGUGCUAUUUAAAACAGGAGGUGUUGGACUAACGGACUGCAGCUGCAAAAUCCACAAGAGCACAGUGACAAUAAGAGCCAUUGGAAUCGUCGACAACAAAAAUUCUAAGAAAGCAGGCAAGAUUUGCACAGCUUUCCCGCCGUCUGUUGUUUCUGAUCCUGUCUGUUCAAGUAUUCCACCCACCAGCCGGACGGACUGUGGAUGGCUUGGGAUAGACCACCACAACUGUGCUGAACGGGGCUGCUGUUUCGACAGUCAACAGUAUGGUGGCCACAUCUAUUGGUGUUUUUAUCCUUCAGACCACAGAUGUCACGGCAUCCUUCCCCAAAAUAGGAAAGAUUGCGGCUUCCCGGGAAUAAGCAGGAGUGAGUGCAAAGGAAAAGGUUGUUGUUUUGACGAAAACUUUGGUCACGGUGUCCCCCAUUGCUUCGUAGGAGUUCCAAAGGGAUGAAAUAUAAACGAAAGUGCACGGACCAUCCUAAAAUGAAAGAGAAUAUCAGUGCCACCUCACAUGGAUUGAUAAUGAAUAUAUAAAGAAAUAAUAUUGUAAUGAAAUAAGCAUCGUGGCUGAGAAAUAAAAAUAAAGAUGUAGUAUCGUGGAGUGUUGUGUUGACCAUUUCAUUUAAGUACAGAGCAGUUUUUUUUUUUUUUUUCAAUUUUUCAUGCUUAAUGGGGAAUUUGAGAGACAACAAAAGAUGAAGGAAGUCAACAGAGGUUGUUUCCCGCCUCUUUCCAGAGCGCCAGCUUCAGUACCGUAACAUAACAACAUGAUCCCGCUGUACGCUUUUCUCCGAACUUGAUUCAAUAAUCCUUCCGUCUGCCCCCUUGCAAAAUCAACAAGAGGCAGCUGUGAAGCUGAAUUAGUAAGUCAGCCUGAAUAUCUCACUGAUGAAUAAUGGGGGAGAGAACAGACUUUCGACAAGAGACGAUGAUCAUGGUCUCUUGCUGUAGACUGAUAAAUACAAAGACAAAAAAGGCUAGUUGGCCUGUAAAAAAUGCAUAAUCCUCUUAACUUUAUAUUUCCUUCAUUUAACUUCUCUAUCUAAAUGAUGUGUCCUCCCACUCCUUGUUUUCCCACCCCCACCCCCAC